UAGGCCCCUUUGCGCGCGCUCCUGGUUCCCGGGUGAGCGCCGCGCGGGGCCGCGGUGGCCUGAGGCCUGCCCGCUGGGUUCUGUCGCUGCGCAGCCUGAAAUUCUGCCGCCUCCCGGGCUGGACUUGGCCUUGCGCCCAGGCGCUCUCGGAGCGCCCAGGCGCGGUCCCGAGUGAAGCGCGCACCUGCUGAAGACGAAGCGCGGGCAGGGGGUCGCAUGUCCCCACACCCCAGCCGUCUGUCGUGCUAGCCAGCCCGGGCCACUUCCUGGAGGAGCGAGAUGAACUUCUCGGACUGUUUAGUGAUGGUUCUCUGGGACUGAUGACUCCAUUAGACAAAGAAGAAAGCGAGGGAGAAGAAAUUUCCUAAGUGGGCAUUUGGUUUCCUGCCUCUUGACCAGCGUCCAGCAUCGUGCACACAGUUCUGGCACCAAGACAUUUGGAAGAUGCUCAUAGUGGCAAUGUGCUUGGCCCUCCUGGGCUGCCUGCAAGCCCAGGAAUUCAAGGGACAUGUUUCCAUAAUCCUGCUGGGAGCAACGGGGGACCUGGCUAAGAAGUAUCUUUGGCAGGGGCUGUUUCAGCUGUACCUGGAUGAGGCUGGGAAGGGCCACAGUUUUAGCUUCCAUGGGGCGGCCCUGACAGCCCCCCAGCAGGGCCAGAAGCUCAUGGACAAGGCCCUGGAAUCCCUCUCCUGCCCCAAGGACUUGGCGCCUAGUCACUGUGAUGAACUCAAGGCUCAGUUUCUGCAGCUGAGUCAGUACCGCCAACUGAGGACAGCCGAGGACUAUCAGACCCUGAACAAGGACAUUGAGACCCAGGUCCAGCAGGAUGGGCUCUGGGAGGCUGGCAGGAUCUUCUACUUCUCUGUGCCACCCUUUGCCUAUGCAGACAUCGCCCGCAACAUCAACAGCAGCUGCAGACCACACCCAGGUGCCUGGCUGCGUGUUGUUCUUGAAAAACCCUUUGGCCAUGACCACCUCUCAGCCCAGCAGCUGGCUUCAGAACUUGGAAGCUUUUUCCAGGAAGAGGAGAUGUACCGGGUAGACCAUUACCUGGGCAAGCAGGCCGUGGCUCAGAUCCUGCCCUUCCGCGAUCAGAACCGCAAGGCCUUGGAUGGCCUCUGGAACAGGCACCACGUGGAGCGGGUGGAGAUUAUCAUGAAGGAGACUGUGGAUGCAGAAGGCCGAGCCAGUUUCUAUGAGGAGUAUGGUGUCAUCCGUGACACGCUGCAGAACCAUCUGACUGAGAUCCUCACGCUGGUAGCCAUGGAGCUGCCUCACAACAUCAGCAACUCAGCCGCCGUGCUACAGCACAAGCUCCAGGCUUUCCAGGCCCUGAGGGGACUGCAGAAGAGCAGUGCCGUCCUGGGCCAGUACCAGGCCUACAGUGGGCAGGUGCGUCAGGAGCUGCAGAAGCCAGACAGUUUCCAGAGCCUAACACCAACCUUUGCGGGUGUCCUUGUCCACAUUGACAACCUGCGCUGGGAGGGUGUUCCUUUCAUCCUGGUGUCGGGCAAGGCCUUGGACGAAAGGGUGGGCUACGUGCGGAUCUUGUUUAAGAACCAGGCAUACUGCACCCAGAGCGAGAGACACUGGGCCUCGGGGCGGAGCCAGUGCCUGCCUCAGCAGAUCGUCUUCUACAUUGGGCAUGGCGAGCUGGGCCACCCCGCCAUCUUGGUCAGCCAGAACCUGUUCAAGCCCUACCUGCCCACCCAGAGCUGGGAGGAGGUGCAGGACCAGCCCGGGCUCCGCCUUUUUGGCCGUCCUCUGUCUGAUUACUAUGCCUAUAGACCUGUGCGGGAGCAAGACGCCUACUCCACCCUCUUGUCUCACAUCUUCCACUGCCGGAAGGAGUCCUUCAUCACCACAGAGAAUCUGCUGGCCUCCUGGGUCUUCUGGACCCCGUUACUGGAGAGCCUGGCCCUCGAAGCCCCACGCCUCUACCCAGGGGGAGUGGAGAGCGGACACCUGCUGGAUUUUGAGUUCAGCGGCGGUCAGCUGGCCUUCUCCCAGCCGCUAGAGGUGCUGCUGCCAGAGCUAGGGUCAGUCCCAAAGCCCAGUGACUUCCAGGUCCUCAGGGCCCAGUACAGAGAGAGCCCACUGAUCACAGCCUGGCCAGAGGAGCUCAUCUCUAAGCUAGCCAGUGACAUUGAGGUCACCGCAGAACAGUCCGUCCGACGCUUUGGCAAGUUCCAUCUGGCGCUGUCCGGUGGGUCAAGCCCCAUUGCCCUCUUCCAGCAGCUGGCCACAGGGCAUUACAGCUUUCCCUGGGCCCAUACGCACCUGUGGCUGGUGGAUGAGCGCUGUGUCCCCCUCUCGGAUCCAGAGUCCAACUUCCAGGGGCUGCAGACUCACCUGCUGCAGCAUGUCAGGGUUCCCUACUACAACAUCCACCCCAUGCCGGUGCACCUGCACCAGCGGCUUUGUGCCGAAGAGGAUCAGGGCGCCCAGACCUAUGCCAGCGAGAUCUCAGCCCUCGUGGCCAACAGCAGCUUCGACCUGGUGCUGCUGGGCAUGGGCACUGAUGGGCACACGGCCUCCCUGUUCCCACAGUCACCCACCGGCCUGGAUGGUGAUCAGCUGGUGGUACUGACUGAGAGCCCGCUCAGGCCACACCAACGCAUGAGCCUCAGCCUGCCACUCAUCAACCGUGCCAAGAAGGUAGCCGUCCUGGUCAUGGGGAGGACAAAACGUGAGAUCACCAUGCUGGUGAGCCGUGUGGGCCACGAGCCUAAGAAAUGGCCCAUCUCGGGUGUUCUGCCUCUUUCUGGUCAGCUGGUUUGGUACAUGGAUUAUGAGGCCUUUCUGGGGUGACAGGAGCUCCCCGGUCUUAGUCCCUCUCAAGCCUUCUCUCAUUCACCCAGUGUGCCUUGCUGUCUGGAGCCUGGUGCCGGAGUGGGGCCCCAGAGAAGGGAGGACAAAACCCUGCCCCACGUCCUGGGUCCACUGGUUCUGUGCAAUUACGGUGCCUAGACAUUAAAAAAAAAAAAAAAAAAAAAAGCAGGCAUAACUCAGGCCCCUGCUGUGGCGAUGCCUCGGAACUCAGACAGGAAAGAAACUCUAAGCCUCUGCCAGCUGCUCGUCAGUAUCUACAACACAGGACAUGACAGGGAGGAGGCUGCAAGUUCACCAGUGUGGUGUGCGAAGACUGGCCGGAGAUCCCUGGACUGUUUUCUGUAGGAAGAGGAGCCAGGGUGGGAGGAGAAGGGUGCGGAUCUUCCGGGUCAAUGUAGUGCUCCGAGCCAGGCAAGAAGAGUAGAAACGGUCCCAGAUUGCACCAGGCAGCCUGCCUCUUCUGGAAUCCCUUCCUCCCUCUGUGUAUCCUCCUUCAGGCAGCUUCUACCUGCUCUGUGCCCACUGUCCUCAGCAUUCCCCAUUGCCCUUCUCCCUGUAUACCAAGGGGGGGGGGACACAGACACUGCCAUGUCAGCCCCCCCCCGCCCCAUCUAAAGACCUGUGCUCCCUUUCCCCUCUGAGAACCGUUCUGCCAUCACUGGACCAUCAGGUGUCUCUGAUCUAUAUGUAGACAGGGCUCUUUGUUUCCCCUGGGAGGUUGGGGGUGACUACAGCUCAUAGCCUCUCUCUAGGGCGUAUGUGACCAAUUCCCAGCACUAGGGGGCAGGCUGUAGCCGGCUCACAUCACACUACCUCUCUAGGGCUCCAAGCCUGGCCGCUGACUCUCCACCACUUCCUUCACAGCUAGCCUGGUACCACUGGGAACAGGAUAGACACAGCUCCCAACUCAGCCUCCUCCGGGGUCUCUGAAUUUUUAUUUUUAUUUUUUUUUUUAAAGAAAGCCAACAACAAACAUAAAGCAAGUGUCUCAGGGCACACGCAGUUUCGGUUUCGGCCUCCUGUUAGUCACAUGGACAAGGUAGGGCAUAGAAGGGUUACCACAGUCCUUGCCUCACACACAGAGUCUCAGUGUCUUCCAGGAAAUCUGUUUCUCUCCUUUUGAUUGAGUGUAUUUUCUCCCAGGCCGUGCCUGGAAAAGAACCUGUGUUUGCACUAGAGAUGUGUGCAGUGUGGCCUGAGCCGGGGCUCUGGAUGGAUGAAAGGCAUUCUUACGAAAAUUCUGCUUCCUCUGGCCCCCAGGGGCCCAGACUGACAGAACACCUCUAUUGCAAGAGAGCUACCCCUCUGCCACCGGAAAGGACCCACAAUGCCCUGGGGUCCUUUUCUGGCUGGUGUAGCUGCUGGUGAGCUUCCACCUUUGGCCAUGUGGGGGAGCCCACGAGCCACCACUCACAUUCCACCCAGGAGGCAAGUUUAGUGCCUCAUUUCUUUGUUUUAUGGUCUGCCUCUCUGGCUUCCCCAGUGAGUUCUCAUCUGUUCUUUAAGGCCUCUGCCCUCUGAAGUUUCAAAGUCAGAGAGGAAGGGGUCUUGCAUGCCUCGGGAGAGAGGGUGAACAGGCUUUGUGUCACCGUUCUGAAUAACAGUGAGUCACUGCCGGGCCCGAGCCUAGAAUGUCCUGUUCUUACCCAGAAGAAUGACUCGCUCUAUCUGUGGGGAGCUGCACAGGGACGGCCAGGGUGGGGAAAUACCAAAGAUUUCUUUUCCAGGAGCAGGCACUAGUGCAGUGGCAUUGGGAAGGCUGGGGGAGACAUGGUCAGUCUCUGGCGUGCCCCUGUGCAUGGCAUGCCCUUUUCUCUUCUGCCCUGGGGUUAGGAAGGAGUGAUGCUCAGUCAGGACCCCCCCCCCCCAGUGUGCUGGCUGCUCUCCAGACCUCGUGGCCCUGUUGUCCAUAGAAACAGUGCUUUCUAUCACCAGUCAGUCACAUGACCCAUGUCUUGAGUCUCAGGAAGGAGUUCUCAGCCUUAGGACCUGGGAUACCCUCAAUUCUGUUUUUCAUUAAAAAAAGAUUGUUGCUUGCUAACCACUUACAUUGAGUUGGCCACCGUGUGAAGAACACAACCUUUGCCAGUUUCCCGCCUGUCGGGAAGUAGGGAUCUGAGGCAGGGAAGAAAUGAUAGGUGUCCAGGACCCUGGAGGAAGAGGGAUGUAUGGCCACUUGUAUCUGGGACACAGCCUUCCUUCCCCAAAGUCCACUUCCACUCAGGCUCCCCCAGGGAGGUGAGGUCCUGCAGCUUGGGGACCCCUGGCCUCGCAGUGCAGCGGUCUCCCGGGCUGCCACAGGGCGCUGGGGGGAUGCCGCUGGCUGCAUCCCCAUCAUCCCUUGGGGAGAGGGGAGGGAGUGAUGACAUAAGGGGAGCAGAAACCUACCCUUUGCUUGGGUGGACCUUGUGUGUCUCAUGCUGACAGGCAGAUGCUAAAUGCCAGCACACUUUGUCCUGUGGACAGCCCAGUUUGCUGCCGGCGGGACCUCAGUGACUGAUAAUAUCAAACUCAGAUUCGAUAGCCCCUUCCCAGCACCCUGGGGAUGCAGGAGGGCCUCACAUGGCAGACUCAGGUUCCCUGAAUGGGCCCAUGAUUGCUUCAUGGGAAGGACACAGGGGCAUGUGAAUGGCAUAAGGAGCCCUUGGGGUGACAUUGACAGCAUCUCCUGCCCAAACUUUGCAGCUUGUGAGGGGCUUGUGGGUGGCACAAGCUAGAUUCUGAUUUCCAGCCCUGGGCAAAUGUUCCUGCUGAUUAAUUUGUCCCUUCUUAAUUCCUUGCUUCUUUUUUAUGAUUAAAUUGUUUUAAAUUGUA